GACCGAUAUGUGCGAGAAGAUACAUCACUUCGACUGGAAAAGGAGGCGAACGGAGCGACGAUCGGCAACGCUGUGACGGCGACAGCUGAGCAGCCGACAUGGCAUCAUCGAACAAGCUGCCAGCAUGAAAAAGUCGGGAAAAUGGAACGUAUGGAGGAAGAGCUCGCUAAAUUUCGCGCACAGUUCAAGGUUAAACAGCAGGCCACCACUGAGAAACAGCUUGAACAGCCUGUCCGCGUGAAUUCGGGGUCUCAGAGCGAAAGCAACGAUACUGACAGUGAUGCUAAGCCGGACGCAUUGACAAAGCUUCGCAAGAGACGCGAACCGAUUCAAACAACCAUGACUCCGCCGCCGUCUACCCGCAUAAUGGUUACCGACGAACCAGUAGUGGACGAGGCGGCCUGUGGUCGCUGGACGACUCUCGACGUGGCGACGUUCGUGGCCAAGUUGACGCUGUGGUGCCUGUUGAUGACGUUGUUCGUGGUGCUGGAAUUCGGCGCCGUGUUUUUCGUGCUCAGUGUGUUCUACGUGAUGUUCACGAACUUCCGCAAGAGGCCUCGGUUGCGCGGGGAGCUGAGCGCCUAUUCCGUGUUCAACCCGAACGUGGAGGCCAUCGACGGCUCGCUGACGGCGCAGGAUUUGGAGCGGCAGUUGACAUUCGGCGUGCUACCCAUGCACUGAUGACAGUGACUGUGCGGGCAGCAAAGACGUGGGGCUCGUUUUCUCGUUUACAUGAGCGGUGUUUGAACGUGCUUACGCGUGUUCAUCCUAACUUUCAAUUGCAGCAACGUUUAGCAAGUGUCCAUCCAGCAUUUUGUUGCAACAAGCUAAACCGUUUGUUUUUUUUCUUUUUAAUGGAUCAGUGCGUAGAAGUGUGGUUUGUGCUAUGCAGACAGUGCCGCUUUGCCUUAUUUGAAAAAUAGCAGAAUCUGUUCUUAAUCUUUGAUGAAAUUUGUGGCAAUGUUGUAACCAGUGCAGUACAAAUAGUAAGGAAAUGCUUUGUGUCCCUGACCCACAACACUUACUGAAUGCAAUGAGUUAACCCCCCCCCCCCCCCUUGUUAUUAGAAUGUGUCAACAGGUACUUGCCAGUUUUGUCCAGAAUAAGUCAGAAGUGCACACGUCAUCUGUGGCAAUGUCAGACCAAAAAAAAAGUAACCUUCUCAGUGAAACGAAGAAUGGCAUCAUCAAAUGUUGGAGGACAAUGUGCAGUCUGUGAAGAAGGCAAAAUUUGCAUAGUGGUUUUGCUCUCUGGGUGGACAGUGCCAUCAUUCGUUCCAUUGACAAAACUUGCAUCGUAUCCGUCAUCGCUGCAUUGUCAUGUACAGCGCGGUACACUGUUUAAGGGAACAACCCCGUAAAGUUGAACCGCGAUAUGAAAAACACAUAUAUAGCUAAUUAUCAGCUAUAACAAAGUAAAUAAAAUUCAUGUUACUGAAGGCAGGCGUGCAGACACAAAACACAAGCAUCAAGUGCUGACACCAACAAAUGCCGACUAUAAGGAGAAAUGCUGCUCAGUGGCAAAAAUCAUGCGCCAUACCACUGCUGUGAAGGUUGAUUACCAGUGAAGCAGUUUAGCGCACAACAUAGACUUGACACAGCAUUUAGAUCAAAGGUAUGAGCAAAUUUUAUUUCUCUCUUGAGCGUGAUCACGGUUAUCAUGAAGAAAGACGCACACACACUUUUAUUUUGCUCAGCGGUCUUGAUUGGCGGCAUACAUUUGCGUGGACGACCACCGUCACCUCGGGGAGCCGGAGGAAACUAGACACACGCGAUGGGACCGCCGCCCGGCGGAAGUAAACUAGGCAAGCAAGCGCUUGGAACGACAACAUAGAGAGGGCGGUGCGAGCGUACACAUGGCUGACGUGGGUCGCACAGCGGCAAAUCUUUGAGAAACCCUUAUUAUCUACCCGAGAGUCUACUGAUCUUGAAAACGGUGCCUAUUGAUAACUAAUCUACUGGAAAUGCAUAUCCAAGUGACGCGACGUAUAAGCUUUUGCAUAGAAUGAAGCGAUUUUGCGUCAAAUUCGGGAGUUGAGUUUUUGCACACGCAGAUUUAUUGACGGACACGAAAAAUGCAUGGAACCCUAGCCACAGACAGCUUCGCUGUAAAAGGAAGGAUGACACCAACCUCAUCUGCGCGUGCUCAAGGGAAGGCGGCACUGACCGACAGUCUUGGGCACAUGCAGCCACUCAUGAAAGAUAACUGUUUGGGCAUGACAAUUCCUCUUUGUGCAAGAUAAUCGAGGGCUGACUUAUGCACAUGCUACCGGUAUUAAUAAUAUGCCUUGCCUCAACCAUGAGCCACACUUAGAUCUUAUGGCUGAACAGAACUAUGCUAUUUUUCAAAUUUUUUAGUACACUUUCAAUCACAACAGUGUAACAAAAGGUUAGACGGUGUUCCACCGGUCAACUAACAUUUAUGCUCCAUUAAGCUGAUAGAUGUAACGGCUGGCCUACGUAAAAGUGACCGCAGCUAGAAGGAACAUUGUAAACUACACCAUUCUGUCAAACUGUUUGUAUGCUUGACAACACCGUCAGGUCAUUUCUUGCAGUUCAACUGGUCUUUCUCUGUGCUGCGACACAUGUCUUUCCUAACUUAUUGUUACCCAUAAACACCGACAUUCUUACCAAGGCUUUCAUGUCAAAACUGACCUGUAAUCUGUCCCAAAAUACUGAUCUAAUGGUCCCUUUAACUGUGAGCCAUACCAUAUUUUUUAAUUUCUUCUGGACGAAACAGGUAAAUACUGCAUCUGAGCAUGACAGAGGAAACUCAUUGCGAAAUGCCGCCUCCGAGCCGAACCUGCCGAGUGCAAACGAAUUGGAGCAUUAUCGACUCAUUUGGCAGUAAGCUGUACGCAAUAAGUAAAAGAUCCCAAAUGCUAGUCACACAGCUUUCCAACUUUGACUUUAUUUUUGUAUGCAUAGGCAAACAGUGCCCAGUGACACGACUGGAUGCAAUGUGAUGCAAAAAAAAAAGCUGCUCAGCAGCACGCCAGCUACAGUAUAUUACAGAGAUGUAUGUACAGCCCCAUCAAUCAGUACUAUUUACAAGCCUUUCUAGGAAAGACACCCUAGAUUGUUAUGUUGCCUGCUGGCUGUUUUUCUGGCAGUUACUCCAGCGGCAAGGCACCGGAUUUUCACUUCACGGCUGUCACAAGCUCGGGGAACUUCUCGCCGCUUCCACUAUCUCCACAAGAGCUCCGUAGCUUGGAACUUUUGAUUUUGGGGUGCCGAGUUCCUCCAUCUGUUCAAAUAAAUAAAACAGCCUUGUCAUCAGCAAUACUAAGAUGUCUUCACUAUAAUACCAGUUAAUUUUUACAUUAGAAAAUAAAUUUUA